AUGGAGAGCCGGCUUCAGACGCAGCUAAAGACACUGAAGACUGAGGUGGAAGAAGCCAAAGCCCAGGGAACCCAGAUGGGGGUCGAGAACGGGGAGCUGACAGAAGCCCUGGCGCGCUGGGAGGCGGUGGCCACGGAGUCUGCGCAGCGGUUGGACGAGGUGCUGCGGCGCGCAAGCGCGGCCGAAGCUGAAGGCGAAGCCUGCGCUGCCCGCGAGGCGGCCCUGCGCGAGCGCGUUAUCACUCUGGAAGCCGAGUUGGGUCCCCCGCGCAGAGGGUCGCGCCCCCGACCCCGCUCAGGGUCCCGAUCCAGGGCCAGCCCCCGCUCGCGCUCUCGCCCCGGGCCGACCAAGGGUUGCCGGCGGCCGCCGCGGCGAGAAGGAUGAGUUCCUCCCCGGCAGGAUG